AAAUACGAGAUAACUUUUUGAAUAUUGAAAAUUGCAUGUUUUUAUAAAAGAAAAAUAUCUCAAGGUUGUACUGUAAAUCUACAAACCAAUAUUUAUUUACAUUUCCAUCGAUUCACCUAAAUCAAUUCCUGCUUUUUCUCGGGAUCCGAACUCAAUAUUUGUUCUUCUCUCUCUCGUGUUUGAUUACGUAAGCGUCUACGGUGUUUUCUGCGGAUUCUACAAUGGCCAAGAAGGUCUUCGAAGCGGCGGAUGCGAGCAAUUUGGUGACGGAGCUAAGACGGAGUUUUGAUGCCGGAGUAACUUGCGGUUACGAGUGGAGAGUCACUCAGCUUAAAAAGCUUCUCGUAAUCUGCGAUAACCACGAGCCUGAGAUCGUCUCUGCUCUCCACGACGAUCUCGGAAAACCUGAGCUCGAGUCUUCUGUCUAUGAGGUAGCUCUACUGAGAAACUCAAUCAAGUUAGCUCUUAAGCAGCUGAAAAACUGGAUGGCGCCAGAUAAGGCAAAGACUUCUCUAACGACGUUUCCUGCGUCAGCUGAAAUUGUUUCCGAGCCUCUUGGAGUUGUGCUAGUAAUCUCGGCUUGGAAUUAUCCCUUCCUGUUGUCUAUUGAUCCUGUUAUUGGUGCAAUUUCUGCUGGGAAUGCUGUUGUUUUAAAGCCAUCAGAAUUGGCUCCAGCUUCGUCUUCUCUUCUUGCAAAGUUAUUGGAACAGUAUCUAGACACUUCUGCCGUGAGAGUUGUAGAAGGUGCUGUUACUGAAACAACUCUGCUGCUAGAGCAAAAGUGGGACAAAAUAUUCUACACAGGUAGUUCAAGAAUCGGGCGUAUCAUAAUGAUGGCAGCUGCGAAGCAUCUCACACCAGUUGUACUGGAGCUUGGAGGAAAAUCUCCUGUUGUUAUAGACCCAGAUACCAAUUUGAAAGCUACUGUCAAAAGGAUAAUCUCAGGAAAAUGGGGUUGCAACAAUGGACAGGCGUGUAUUUCCCCAGACUACAUCCUGACAACAAAAGAAUACGCUCCAAAAGUGAUUGACGCCCUGAAGCAUGAAUUGGAGGGUUUUUACGGGAAGAACCCUAUGGAAUCCAAAGAUAUGUCACGUAUUGUAAACUCAAAUCACUUUGAUCGCCUUUCUAAGUUGUUAGAGGAGAAGGAAGUUUCUGAGAGAAUAGUCUAUGGUGGUCAAAAGAACAGAGAAAGCCUGAAAAUUGCUCCAACUAUCUUGCUCGAUGUGCCAUUAGAUUCUCAGAUCAUGAAUGAAGAAAUAUUUGGUCCUCUCCUCCCAAUCCUCACUCUCAAUAACUUGGAAGAGUGUUUUGACGUGAUUCGUUCUCGACCUAAGCCACUUGCUGCAUAUUUGUUUACCCAAAACCAAAAGCUGAAAGAGAGAUUCGCCAUGACAGUUUCCGCUGGAGGCAUAGUGGUCAAUGACAUAGCAGUUCACCUUGCACUUCCCACAUUGCCAUUUGGAGGAGUUGGUGAAAGUGGAAUGGGUUCUUACCAUGGUAAAUUCUCAUUUGAUGCUUUUAGUCACAAGAAGGCUGUUCUCUACAAAAGCUUUUUUGGUGAUUCGGCAAUAAGGUAUCCACCAUACUCUAGAGGAAAGCUUAGAUUGUUAAAGGCACUUGUCAACAGCAAUAUAGUGGAAUUUUUCAAAGUCCUUUUAGGUUUAUCUUAAAAGGCAAAGACAGAAGACAACACAUCCCCUUGUAUCUUUACUUUCUUUGUUUUUUUUUUUUUUAUUGAACUUGUUUUGUUAAAGAAAUGUGUUUUGGUGUUUUGAAGUCGAUAAAUAAAAGAUUAGAGUUUUUUCCCGG